GGACUCCAUCAGCAGGCCUGGCGGUUUCCCUCUCUGUCCCCAUCAAAAGACCCCGGUUUGCCCUUCUGAUGUGUCUGCUUGGCCUUUCGCGCCCUCUCGCCCCGGAACUGUCGAUUUCUGUCCUGUCCCAUGUGCCGCUCUGGUUCCUGCUUUUGAUUACAUACGGAGCGUACCCAACAGAGCUACUUACCUAUGUAUACUGCGAGGCGCCCAUUCAUUCAUUACCUAGCCACAGCCCACUUCUGACCCCCCUUUUACCCUCUUCCCCUUGUCGCUACUCUGCUAUAAUUAUCUGCCUCGGCCGAGCUGAGUCGAGCUGAUCCGCCGUUUGCCUUGCCGACCGCCGCCUCACUUGCCCAAUCCCACUCACUGGGCUCACCCACCCGCUCAUAACUGGACACAAUACAACUCAAUCGCAGCCUGGCACAGCACAGCACAGCACAGCACAACGCAACGCAACUCGUGCAUCACCACCUUUGUCUCAAUCUACA